GGAGGAGGAGGAUGAUGACGGGUUCCCAUGGUGCUCUGCACUGCCAACGUAUGCAAACAGGAACAUGGCUACCGGUGCCUAACAUCAGCAGUCCAUUUUAAAACACAAUUCUGUGACAAUAUAACACUUGCUGUGCCUCCGCGACAGAAGAAAAAAGUCUUCGUAGAGUUUAUCAGCGGAGCCGGCAGACAGACCCUCUGAACACAGCCUCUUCUUGUUCAUCAAUCACAGCCAGUGUGGGCCAAGAUGGCGAGUCCAAGGACCAGAAGAGUUCUGAAGGAAGUAAGAACUCAGGAUGAGAAUAAUCUGUGUUUUGAAUGCGGAGCUUUCAACCCACAGUGGGUUAGUGUGACUUAUGGCAUCUGGAUUUGUCUUGAGUGCUCAGGCAAGCACAGAGGCCUGGGAGUACACCUCAGCUUUGUGCGCUCGGUCACCAUGGACAAGUGGAAAGAUAUCGAGCUUGAGAAGAUGAAAGCGGGAGGAAAUGGAAAAUUUCGCUUGUUUCUUGAGCUCCAAGAUGAUUAUGAUCCUAACUGGACUUUACAGGAGAAAUACAACAGCAGAGCUGCUGCACUCUUCAGGGACAAGGUUGCAACCUUAGCAGAGGGUAAGGAGUGGUCCAUUGAAACAUCCCCUGCCAGAAACUGGACAUCUCCUCAACCCAAGAUGAGCCUGUCAUCCUCUCAUCGCUCUGGAGGACCUGGACAAAACUCCGCAAAAUCUAGCGACAAAGCUUUUGAAGACUGGUUGAGUGACGAUGUUAACUCUUAUCAGAGUGGAGGAGGUUACAGUGGGAAUCAAGAGAAUCGCUAUGUUGGCUUUGGAAACACAGUGACCCCAGAGAAGAAAGAGGAUGACUUCCUGAACAACGCCAUGUCUUCUAUUUAUUCGGGUUGGAGCAGUUUCACUGUUGGAGCUAGCAAGUUUGCUUCUAUUGCCAAAGAUAAUACAACUAAAUUGGCAAACCAAGCAACUUUAAAGGCCACAGAGUUAGGACAGACAUUAAAUGAGAAUGUUAUCAAACCUACUCAAGAAAAGGUCAAAGAUGGCAAAUUGCUAGAUGAAAUGACAGUCAGCAUCACUGGGCUGGCGAACAAGGUUCAGGGAGCUGGGGCUAAAUUGACUAACCUUUUCACGGGAAAACCAGAAGAUGGGUCUACUGGAGAAAGCUAUCAGAACAUGGAUGCCACUGAGGGUUAUCAGGGCAGUUCUAGCCAACCUGUGACAAAGGACUUCUGGGAAACCUUCGGCAGCAACAGCUCCUUAAAGGCCAAGAAAUCUCCCAGCAGCGACAGCUGGACCAUCGCAGAUAAUUCUGCAAAGAAGAGCUCUGACAGUUGGGACAAUUGGGGCUCCGAGGCAGCGUCCAACAACAAACACAGCACAGAGGAGAGCUGGGAGGCCUGGGACAACAACUGGGAGAAUGCAGAUGCUAAGACGAAGAAGAGUCCCACGAAACCUGCUGAGGACACCUGGGAUAAUGCAGACUGGUAGUGACCUCACAAACGUACAUCUCACCUGUUUCCCCUUUUUCUGUCCUUUUCCCUCUGUCUCUCUCUCUUUAUUCAUCUCACUGGCACUUUCAGGAAAAGAACUAUGUACGCUUAGUUCCUGUCAAUUCAUACAAAAAGAUAUUUAUUAUAAACCCAAGAAACAAUGAAUGAAGCCCAGGGUUAGGUUGAGCUCAUUAUUAAACGAAUAUUCUUAAAAAAUACAACUAUAUUGACUUGCAGUCAUGUAUAUUACUGUAAAUUACCUUCAUCACAGGGAAUCAUAAUGACUCAGUGUAGAUAUGGUCAUACAUUUACUGCCUGGACUCCCAAAUAUAAUACUCUAAAUGGUGAUAGUGUCCAUACUGUAUUAUGGAUUUAAUUAUACUGGUUUUCCAUUCACCACAUAAAAAUGAUGCAUGAGAUAGAAAGUCUGACAUUGUAAAUAUAAAUCCUUGUAAAUACAGUAUGAUUGACACUAAUCACAUUCAUUUCUGUGUGUUUCUCAAUCAAAUUUACUCAAACUUGCUCUGCCCCUAGACCUUUUGCACAUUUUCACAAAUAACCACUGCAUCAAAUUGGCUACCAUAAAUCAAAAUCUGUGUGGAUAUAUCAGUUUUAAAUGAAAUGAUCUAAUAUGUAAUAUGUUAGGGCUAAAUGACUUUUAUAUUAUUUGGUUUUUUCUUUUUGUUGUUGUUAUUCUUUCUCUUUUAAAAUGUGCAAAUAGUCAGGGGCUUUGAUUAUUCAUGUUACCAAGACCAGUAAAUUCAACAACAGGAUGCUUAAAAGUUGAUUUAGGGUAAAUGGAUGUGUCGUCAAUGUCAUGCAGACAAGCUUAUUAAAACUUACAUUACAUUUAAUCAAAAAUGGAUGCAUUUAGUUUCAGACAGUUGGCCUGUUAAAACUGAUUUUGAUUGUUUGAUACAAUAUUGUGAUUUUUUUCUCAUCUUUUCUAUUGUUAAUAACAGUUCAAGACUGAAUUGUAAUUCCCAAUAAAACACAUUCAUUGCAAAGGUCCUCAGUGACAGAUAAAGUAUUCAAUAUUCUGCAAUUUAUCACUUUUUUAACUUUACAAAUGAAAUUGAAUAUUAUGCUUUGUUUCUUUUUCUUUAUCUGACCUUAAAGCUGACUGAUUCUGUUUCAAAUUAGAGUUCACACAGUUAGGACAGGCUGUAUUCAGUUGUUGAUAAGUGGUUUAACCAGGCUCACACUGGACCAAGCAUUUUGACAAACAUGUAUUCUCUUAGUCCAAUUAGGUCCAGCUAAUGCUCAGAAACAGUGGCAACACUAGGUGAUUGUAAUGGUUCAUAUUAUGAAAGAAACCUAAUGGACAUUCAGCUGUUGUUUCAUUCAUAAUUUUACUUUGACGACUCACAUUUGAGUAUUUUAAUUAAUUGGUGUCUAAAGAUUAUGUAUGAUUUAUUUGUUGAUAAUUUACCAUAAGAGUCACUCAUUGCAGGGUUAUAUGCUGUAUGCACUGUAUGUGAGUGUGGAAGUUGUAUUUAAACAACUGGAUGCAAAUAAGAGGCGUAGACUGGAGAUUUUUCCCUGCAUGGUUUUAUAACUGGUGAACCUGUGAGCCUGUAACUUGUGACCUCAGCUGAACUGACAGGUCAUUGUAAAUUUAAUCUCAUAUGAAGCAACGCUGUGUGAACUCUUCUCCACAUCUGUGUCAAAUGUCAUCACACCACGGUUGUUACGUAUUGUGCGCAUUUGGUGUCACAGAUAUCUUCACACUUGUAUUAACAUCUGAAUUGUGGAGUAAUUUAAUGAGGCUCAUUAUACGCUGGAUGCUUAGAUGGUCAUAGCUCUCACAGCGCUUGUUAUGAAUGAAUUGAAUCAACCUAGUGCAUCUCUCUCUCUCUGUCCCUCAGUCAGAUAAAAUGGCAGCUGCACUUACACUGUUCAUCGUAGAUGCUAAUGUAUCAUGAAAAGCUCAUUGUUUUAAUAAGUAGGAAUGUAAUCAGUGUGAAAUUGAAUAUUGAACCUAUUCAUCUGGUCAUCUUAAAAUUUAAAUGAGCCAUUGAGGUUUAGAAUAAUUAAAACCGACCAAUUUUGCAGCCCUGUGACCUUUAAUUCCCCAUAACAGUGUUGCAACUUUAUCCUACUGUUAACAACUGUAUAGUUUAAUGUGUGUGUAUAUGUAAUAACCUACAGAUGUUCAGUCUUCAUAAAUGCUGCAAACCACCCAACUUAAUUCAAGUCAGUUGAACCAAUGUCAACAGAGUUCUGACUUUGAUUUGUCUCAGUGUGUUUGAACUUCUACAAUAGAGUGUGAAGUCAAUGACUGAUAUCAGAAGACAUCUUAACGUGUGGUUUGCAUCUAAUUCUUUGAGGUGUGGUGUAUGUGGCCAGUAGUAAAUAAUCAGCUGUUCACAGAGCAGCGUGCCAGUGCAAUAUAGCUGCUGGAUUAUUGGUUGUUCUUAGGGUGUUAGAACAUUUUUGCUGUACUUCUAUAGCUGGUCCUCACUGGGCCUCAUGAUUGGCAAAAAUUACAUUUUACUAUCACAGGUUUUGAUAAGUGAAGGAUAACUCCUUGUAACUUUAUUCCAUGCCCAUUUCCUACCUCUAAGAAGUCUUCAGUUUACUGUACCCAGUAGUGAACAUGUUUUUUUUUCCUUUAACCUUUGCAGUAUGGUUUUGAUGUUAACCUUAUUAUAACAAGCUUGGUUUGCUGUUUCUAACAGCAAAGCAGCAAAGGUUGGUUUAUGGUGUUGUGUUUUUUUUGUCAAUGCCAAUGAUGUAAAAAAAAAAAAAAAAAAAACCUGAUCACUCCUGGAACAUGUGUUGUGUUGCUUAAACUCUGCAGUCAUGUGCUCAUGUAUGGUCAUGUGUUCAAUGCCUUAAAAAACUGUGUUUGCUUUCUGUUGAUACUGAUGUCAGUUUGCUCGUGUGUCUGAUGCAGUGAGGUGUACAUGUCAGUAAAUCACCAUCUACGAUAAUUGUUACCCUCAACGUAACUUUUUAAUAACGAAGCAUUAUGUUAAUUAUUUUGUAUUUUUCUUUUUAGUUUAUGAUGGUAUGACAUAAAACAUAUAAACUGUAUAAAUGACUGCUGUGAUAUCUCACAGUUUAAGAAGGGAAGUAAUUGAGCUUGUACUUCUAAAAUGCUAUAGGUUAACAUUUGGUGAAUGUCCUGGGGUUACUAGUACACUUAAUUCAUGGUAGAAUUGCAGAUUGUGUUAUUGACUGAAGUGCAUCCAAUAGGUCUUGAUAUAAGGUGAUGAUUUUUUUUUAAAUUAUAAAACCUGAUGUAUUUUUUGCCACAUAAUCUGAAUCUGAAAUCAGCAUUUUCAUUUUCCAGAGCAACAGUUUUGCUCGUUAUCUGUGCCUGUUGAACAUUUGAGAUUGGGUAUGUCCAUGUUUGUUGAUGAAACUGUUAUGUCAGAAAUACUAUUUUUGAUGUCAUGCAUGAGAUGUAACGUGGAGCUAAAUACAUUCAGCUGUUUGAUUUAUUUUUCAAAAGUGGUUUCCUCAGUGAAUUGAAGUGCAGUUGUCUGCUUGCCCCCUUCAAGUUUCACCAGCAGUCAUCCCCUGAGGUGAGCCAGUGUUACAUGCUCAGUUGAAGCUGUGGAUAUUUUUCCUGUACACAUGGUUUCUGUGUUAAAUAAAAAUGUAUUGUGCUGUGAAUGUAA